UGGGAAUAUCGCGCGUCUGCCCCGUCUGCGCUGGAAGUAAAAGUUUCGGGUUUUUGUCCAAAGCUUACAAUGUGUACCCGAAGUAAAUGGUGCCUGGGAUGGCAAAGCUUCAUAUGUUUAACCACCAUUGUCUCCGUAGCGUAGACUGUAUCGUAGUGCCAUUUUGUUGGUAACUCAGAUGUUGGGUAUAAAGUUUUGUGCAGAAGAGGAGUGUCGGUUGAUGAGGUUGUCGACUUGAUUGACUGGGGCACGUGUUACGUAUUCAUACCCACCUUUUACCUAGCCGCACAGUGUUAGCUGAAGUAGGUUCAGUCUGGAAGGAGGUCAGGGGCUACCAAACUAAAACGUCAUCAUCACGUGUAGUCUUUGACUGUUAGUUUCGAGUCGUGUGGAAUUAUGGGUUGAGGUACUCAUGACAACAGUAACCACUGAUUGCCGAAUCUAUGGAAUAGAUGUAUCCACAUAUUGUCUUCGUCCUAAUCAUGAUAGUGAAUUCAGUAUUUUGUUAUUCCUCUCUUUACUACUUUUGACUGAUUCUUCCUCGCCUGAUAUGCUGACAUGAGUUGUGGCAAUUUGGGUCGUUAUGCAGUAACGCUUAGUCCUAUGUUGUUGGUGAUAUGGUUUUAAAGAGGGACAACAAUUUCCUUUGAUGGUACAUGGCAGGUAUACUGAAGGAAACGAACGAACGAAUGUUUAUUAUUAACAUGUAGUACAGUAGUCGUUAAAUAUGGUACACUUUGCACUAAGACUGUCAUUUGCAAAAUGUGCUUCAUUCGCUCUUCUGCUUCCCUCUUGGUUCGCUCUUAAUACGCCCGCAUUGUUUCUGGGCAGAAUUUUUACCCAUUGCUGAUAAUUCCCUAUUAUUCUUGCCGCCCUUUCAACAUAUACUACUUAUAUCCAUUGUAAUCAGCAACGCCCACUACAAUACUACCUAGCUACCUACAGUCAUAGCAAACGUGAAUGCAUGAAUAUGUUGAUCAGUUUAAGCUUAACCAUAAAAACAUACGGUAUAUUUCAGUAUCUAUAAACAUGUGGUAUGAGAUUCUUCCAUCAGUGGGGAUUAUGAUAGCAACCAUUGUUGUUACCUCACCUAUAAUCACGUUGACUACUUACGCAAUGUAUGGCAGGUGGCAUGCACCUGAUGUGCGUAGAUAUAAACAAGAUCUUACUUUACAUUUACGGGACCGAGAUCUUGGAGGAAUGCUUUUAUUGCAGGGUACUGAAGUUGUGGAUGAUGAAUAAAACCUGUUGGCCAACUAACUAAUGUGUAGUUAUAAAUGAUAGUUUAAAUGGGUUGGUGAUUCUUAUCUGAUAAAUCUUGUUAGCCUUGUAAUUUAUUUCAUUGAAGAAAUAUAUCAGAACUUCUUCACUUAUUGUUGUUACAACCCGUUAUCCAGCC